CUUGACAAGCACCUCCUUUAGUCGCUGCAAAUCGGAAAUCUGCACAAUUUAAUUAGAAAAAUUAAAGAGAGGGCCGAGAAUCGAUGUGUCCUAACUCACAUGUGUGAAGAAACUUCAGCGCGUGGGUUUUGGUUAAUAAUGACGUUAAGCUUCUCGUCCUUCUCCAUCGAAAACAUCCUCACCGCAGGGGGUGAUGUCCAGAGGAAGAGCGGCUUCGGCACCGCAGCGGAGCCGCGUGCGCCAAAAUGCGCAGUGCGCAGUGAGUUUGAAGGGAAAAAACAGACUGAAAACGCAACAGUCCACCACGAUGUGGUUCAUCUCGAUCUGGACGAGAAGCGCAUCCACGUGGAGAGAUUUUCUCCUGGGACCCUUCGGUGUGAGGAGGAAGGAGAGAAGCAGGAGCACAGAGGAGACGGCGCAAAGCAGCUUCUGCGUUUUGUGGAGCCCAGCGGGGAGGAUGAGAAAGCGCAGCGCAGGAACCCCGGCCGGGGAUCCGUGUGCGGCGCCAAGAAGCGCUCCAGGGCCGCCUUCUCUCACGCGCAGGUGCACGAGCUGGAGCGCCGCUUUAACGAGCAGCAGUACCUUUCCGGGCCCGAACGGGCGGAUCUGGCCGGAGCUCUAAAACUCACCGAGACUCAAGUGAAAAUCUGGUUCCAGAACAGGAGAUACAAAAGCAAACGGCGCCAGGAGUCCGCGUGCAGCAUCUCAGCAAGGAGAGUAGCGGUCAAAGUGCUCGUGAGGGACAAUCACAGCGUGGGACCCAUCCACGUGACUGUACCACAGCAUUACCGCCAGUACUGCCUGAUCCCCCACUACCCACAGUUCCACCAGUACCGGCCCUGCUGCUUCCAGCCCUGCAGCGCAAAGUGCACGUGGUGUGGAUGGAUGCGCACGUGGGAACAGAACAAAUCUCUACAUGUUACUGUCAUCGAUUGAGCAGCAAGAAUCAUGUAGAGAUCCUCUUGAUUUCUGAUUAUAGUGUUGUUUUAAACAUUUUUUUAAACACUGUUUGCAUAAUUACGGAUAAAACUUUCUGUCCGGCCGAGUGAGUAAAAAAAAAAAAAAAAAAAAAAAAAUGCAACGAGGUGGCUUAAAAAAUAGACGUGAAAAAUUUUACGUCAUUCUGUUGACUUCUUUGUUGAAACAGAAAUGUUAAUUUAUCAUUUGAGUCUGUCGUUUUGGCGUGAUUUCAACAAAUUCAUAUAUUUUGCUUACAUCUUAGACUUGUCUAAAUGUUUUCUGUGUUGCCUUGUCUUGAUAAUAAUAGACUUUAAAUCAAAAAUAAAAUAAAAAUACGCUUGUUAGCCUGAUUAUAUUUGCAACUAUAGUAAAUUAACAUGACAUGUAUUAGACGUUUUACAUGAUUAUCAUGCAAUCAUAUGUUAUUCAGUAAUAGCUAUUGCACAUAUAGCCCAUAUAAAUCAGAUUGUGACGUUAUUAUUUUUUUUUUAACUCAGCUGCUUGCUGCUGGAGUGUCUGAGCUGUGUGACCAAAUGUAGUUCUGUGCAAAAGUCUUAGACAGGGCUUUGUGUAAGCUAUUGAAAUUAUUUUCUGUGAGCUAUCCUACGGUUUGUCAGGAACAUCAGCUCAUUGUUCAUUGACUAUUAUCCCAUUUAUCUUUGUAAACUCAUGCAAAUAAUCAAGGUUUCACUUAUCAGAAAAAGUGUCAUAUGUUCUUUAAAAAUUGACAAAUUAAUUAUUAUUACUGUUAUCAUU